GCGGUUUUACGUUUGCGGCAGUUAUUGUCCGUAAAAAACAAAAAUGACAUCGUUAGUGAAGUGCAAUCAGUGCAAUAUCGUAAUAGACGAAAUGUUAUCUUACAUCCAAAAUAAAAUCUCAGUGAUAGACAGGGGCACCUUAAUUAAAAUAUGUGUGUCUGCGUUCACCACUGAAGAAAUAAAAACGUCAAAGGCGUUAUUAUUUGAAUCGUUACCAACGGAUAUACGAAAAAUAGUGCGUAAAAAUAAAGGACAGGAGCAGCGUGAUCUGGAAGAUAUUGUCAAUCUAAUAUUAAAAACUGAUCCUGAAGUUUUGCCGGUGUUUGUGGCCAGAAAUUUAGAAAAACUACCUCCAGUGACGUUUGACCAUAUAGAUGUCACGAAACUAAUAAAAGACCUUACGUUAUUUAAAUCGGAGCUCAAUGAAGUAAAGUCUAACUACGUUCGUAUACAACAGCUUGAGGAGGUACGUGCCGAGAUACUUAACAUGAAACAAACUUCGCUAAGCGGCUCAAUAUGCAAUGUAAAUUUAAAUAAGCGUGGUGCCGCCUUUUUAGAUAGUGGCCCUAUGGGCAUGUCGCAUUUUAAUGAUGCUUUGCUGGACAAUUCCAUCCAAGCCCCCAUUACAAAUUCUUUAUCAGCGUCACAUACUCGAAAUGAACUGGAACCAUCGGAGAGUUUUAUAGCUACCGUCGAACAAAAACAUGUUACGCGUAGUCCGCCCGGCUCACCGCUGUUAGCAACGGCCGGGAGUGACGUCAUCGUGACCGAGAUAGAAAACUGUCCGGCCGGCACAGCUGAUCGGCAGUGCAAUGCACCGGAGAUAACGCGCGGUCAGCAAAAUAAGGAAAACGAAAACGGGGACCCCUGGAUAACUGUAGAACGACGAAAAAAAUAUAAAACUAAUUAUCGUUAUGCAGGGUUAAGGGGCAUAGCCCGUGACGCAGAAUGUAAAUUUAGAGCUGCCGAAAAGAAAGUGCCCAUUUUUAUAUCUAAUGUUCAUAAGGAGGCCAACGAAAGGGACAUACAGGACUAUGUGCGACAAAAAACAAAUGAGACAAUUAAUUUGCAGAAAAUUAUUACGAAAAAACAGACUGAGCAUAACGCAUACAAGUUUUUUGUUUCUGAAAAUAAGGUCUCAUUAUUUUUAGAUAAAACCUUAUGGCCG